UCUGUUGUGAUAUAUCAACAACACAACAACCGACACGUAACUAACCACAGUCUGAGUAACGUUGUAAUUCAACUACACAACAAUGACAGGCGAAUGACAGCUGGGUUGAUCGAUAACUUUUUUUCUUCAUUUCACUACAUUAGCAGCAGAGGAAGGCGUCAUUAUUUUUCCCGACUUCCGUAUUCGUUCUGUUUGACUGGAAACUCUCCUGAGCUCUUCUCCUUCGCUGACAUGGCGUGCAACCUCGUCUCGAAGUUAUGUCGUCGCUCUGUGUUCACACAGCUCGCAUCUCUCCGGUCGGGCUGCCUGUCUCAGCGGAAAGCGGCAGCAGUAGCAGCAGGGGCGGUGGUGGUGGGGAGCAGGCUUUACUCCAGUGACCAGCCGCCGGAGAAAAUCAGUCGUUAUCCAAUCCCUUACAAAAAAGAUCUUCCUUAUGAUAUUGUGGAGCUCAUGGAGGAGGUUGAGUCGAAGGGAGGCUUUUUACCCAACGUCUUCAAAGUCCUCUCUCACAGACCGGCAGAGUUCAGAGCCUUCUUCGCUUACUACAAUGAACUCAUGAACAAAGAGACAGGUGGAUUAACCAAGGCAGAUCGCGAGCUGAUCGUAGUGGCUACCAGUAUGCACAACAAGUGUCUCUACUGUGUGGUGUCCCACAGCGCACUGCACCGCAUCUACUCCAAGAAACCUACUCUUUCUGAUCAGGUCAUUGUUAACUAUGAGAAUGCAGAGCUGUCACCUCGGGAGCGCGCCAUGCUGGACUUUGCGAUGGCUGUGUGUCGCAGCGACACCAUCACAGAACAGCAUUUCCUGUCUUUGGAGGAAGUGGGCUUUGACCGUGAGGAUGCCUGGGACAUCGCUGCUAUUGCUGCUUUCUUUGCCAUGUCCAACCGCCUUGCCCACCUCACAGACAUGAGGCCAAACAUAGAAUUUUAUAAUAUGGGGCGUGUGCCACGGGACAAGAGCAAGGACGGGGGGAAAGGGAAAAAGGAGUAGUGUUACAGACAAGAUAACCAGAGGUCAAAGACCAUGUGUAACACUGCAGCUGAGAGUGUGUUGGUUUUGUUUUUUGUUUUUUUUGUUUUUCUCCCUCUGUUGUGAACAAUCAGAUGUUUUCUAAAUCAAUAUUGAAAUGAGGUGCAAUAUCAGAUCUAAAUGUUCGCAAACUGACAGGAAUUAAAUGUAAACAUAAACACUGCUAUUAGUCCAAGUGCGCUCAGAUGAUGAAUAAAGUGGCGUACUGGAGAUGACAGGCAUUUAAACAUGACAUGUUCUUUGAAAUUGAGACCCUACAGUUUGAACAUUGACCAUAAAUUGAAGAUUUUGAUGUUUUCUUGUCUGUAAAGUUUCAGUGUAUGUGUUCAUUUAGAUGCAGAAUAAGUGUGCAAGAGAAGAUUUGAGCCUGUGAGGCCUUACUGUGUGUUUGUUGUUGGCCCGGAUAUGAUUUUAAUAGGUGAGUAAAUCUAAAUCAUUCACCACUGCAGUCAUUCUGUCUGCCUGUCUUCCCUUCACAUUUUAAAUAUUUAAGCGGUAGUGUUUGUUGAGAAGCUGAUUGUCCAUUAGAAUACAUUAAUCACAAUUUCAUAGCUGUCCUCAAACUUCUGUAAAUAAGGUUUGUUAUUUCUUUGCUCACCAUUGCGUUACGGUAUGAAGUGUUUCUUAAACUCAUGUCCCUCUAAACCUUCCAUUCAUCUUCUAUAUAAAUAAAUAUUUUUCUUAAUAAUA